AUGAUUGAGCGCUCCAUAUCUCGAGCUCGUUACAUCUCAUCCAUCAUCUCCGGCACUAGUUAUAACGAUGAUGAUGAUGAUAGUGAUGGUUAUAGCGGUGGUGGUGGUGGUGGUGUAUAUACUAGCAUUGCUUCUUCACCAUCAUCUUCAUCAUCAGCACCAGCAUCAGCACCAGCACCAUCAUCAGCACCAGCACCCUCAAAUAUAAACUCAAAAGUGAUCCCAAACAAUGGUGACUAUCUCAUGGAGUUGGAGAUCGGCACACCACCAGUCAAGAUGGUGGCCAUCGCCGACACUGGCAGUGACCUAGUAUGGGUCCAGUGCAAACCUUGCGACCAGUGCUAUAAUCAAACUGAUCCCAUUUUCGAUCCCAGCAAAUCAUCCACCUUCAAAGGCUCAGUUUCAUGCAAAGAUGACAUUUGUCUUGCAAUCCCAACCCCAAUCUGCCUCAAUAACCAAUGCAACUACGUGUACAAAUACGCCGACGGUUCUUUAACGACUGGGAACCUCUCUAGGGACACAUUCACAUUCUCUUCCGGCUCAAACGAGAAACAGCAGGGGAACGCCUCCUCCUCCUCCUCCUCCAUCCCCGGAAUAGCCUUCGGCUGUUCUCAUGACAGCGCCAGCGCGGGUUCAUUCGAGCCGAAUGUAGACGGGCUGAUCGGUCUGGGAAGUGGAGGUGCGUCACUAGUGAGGCAGUUGGACUCCUCCAUUCAUGGAAAAUUCUCUUACUGUUUGGCUCCAUACACCGAGAACACCACUUCAACUCUCAACUUCGGCGAUAACGCACUUGUCAAUGACCCUGGCUUUAUCACCAUUCCCAUGGUCCGCCGUUCUGUUACCUUCUACGUUGUCAAGCUCCAGUCCAUCGCUGUAGGGAAAGAUAUGUUGGAUGUGGGUCCUGUGGGUCCCACAUGUUUUACACUCAAACCUUUAGUCCCACAUUGCCUAGUGGAGAGAGUCUAA